UUGCAUUGCUGUAAAUGGACACUGAGGACGUCGGAUUGGACAUUGGGUUUUUCUGGUUCACUGCACGGAUAGCGCUGCUGUUAUCAGUCUGGUAUUUCAUAGGCGUCCAUUACUGGGCCUUAGAUAAUUACAACUAUCUGGACUCUUGAAGAGGACGUUGUUCCAACAGACUCGUAUAGAGUUAGACGAUAACAGACAACAGGAUUCUUGGUGAAUAGGGUGUUGAACGUUUUAUUGACUUUAAUAGAUCAGGUAAAAUCUUAUCCUGGAUCUUUCUAAACUAAGAUUAGCCCACAUCAGACACUUAUUUGUCACCACUUAAGUUUUGAUAUUGAUAAUGACAUCUGAUCGCUCUGAUCUAGCUGUUUUUUAAAUCUGAAUUCUGCAACAAAUAAAGUAACUGUAAAUGUAGGCGAGCUACAGAUUUACUGUCACUUUUUUAUUUGAAUAAACGCUGAAGAAAGAAUAGCUUCCACUAUGGAUCGGGACAGAGCUAGUCCGUCCCCCUCCACCCUGCCGGAGUCCCCUGGUCACAACUCUCCUGGUAGCACCUUACUGCUGGAUCUGAAGAGGGUUUCUGUGCUGCUGGUCGACUGCAGGAAAACAGCAGGGCAGAGUGGAGCUGUGAGAGAAGGACACAAGGAGGGAGAUUUGAUAUCAUAUCUUGAGCAAGGGGACACCCCUAACUCUCGUUCUCUCAGGGGGAGGGGCGUAUCAUCUGGGGAGCCUCAGCCACACGAUGUUGCUGAAGAGACAGAGAAGACUAUCUCCAAAUCAGAACAUCUCAAGAAACCCCAACAGAGACGUACAGGGAAGAAACCUCACCACUGCUGCUCUAACUGUGGGAAGAAUUUCACAAGCCGAAGUGGCUUCAUUAUUCACCAGCGGAUUCACACCGGAAAGAAACCGUACUGCUGCUCUCAGUGUGGGAAGAGUUUCACUGCUUCUCAAACCUUAAAAUAUCAUCUGAGAAUUCAUUCAGGGGAGAGGCCUUACCCCUGCCUUGAUUGUGGGAAAAGCUUUGCUUAUUUGGGCGCCCUAAACAUACACAAGCUAACACACACUGGAGUGAAGCCUUAUAGCUGUGAUCAAUGUGGGAAGAGCUUCAGUCAGUCUGGCCACCUGACAACACACCAACUAACACACACUGGAGUGAAGCCUUAUAGCUGUGAUCAGUGUGGGAAGAGCUUUGCUCUAACUUCCUCCCUGACUAGACACCAGCGUACACACUGGAGAGAAACCUUAU